AUGGAAAAGGACUGUAGUAAAAGGUUAACAGCGGCUGAGGCUUGGGAGCACCCCUGGAUGAAGCGCUACCGGCCCAGCACCGAUUUGGUCUAUUUGAGUCCGGAGACCUUCGAUUCUUACGUCCAUGCUAGUAAACUGCGGAAGGUUGCGGUUAACGCCAUCGCAUAUAACUUGUCAGUGUGCUGUUGUUCUGAGUGGAUUCGAGAGAUCUUUAGGACGUUCGAGGCAUUGGAUAUCACGGGUUCGGGCACGAUAACAUUGCCUGAGUUCAGAAUUGCUAUGAAAAAAUCGAGACCCGAUAUGCAGGAGGCUAAGAUUGAUGAGCUUUUCGCUGGCAUUGAUACGGACGCGAGUGAUGCUAUUGAUUAUACGGAGUUUCUAGCAGCGGCAAUUUCACAGGUCACAUUCUCCCGCACUGAUCUGUGCAAGAAGGCGUUCCGGAUUCUGGACCGGAAACAAGAUGGGAAGAUAUCUUCAGACGAGUGGAGGCAAAUCAUGGGUACCACCACACAUGACGACGACUUGGAUGAACAAUCUAUAGCUGAGCUCAUACGGGAGUUCGAUAUCAAUGGUGAUGGCUUUAUCGAUUUCCAUGAAUUCCUUGCUAUGAUGCAAUCGUAUGACGUUGGUUCUUCGUUGCCUUGA